UCCGGUGUCACCCGUGCUGUCUUGACGUGGGACGGAGGCGCAUGUCGCAGCGAGAGUGACCAGGAAUAUCUGCUCGUCUUGGGAAUACUAAAACACCGAAAACCUCGCGGAUUUUUCUGGAUACGUCAUGCAGAAAUCCUGAAAUGAUUGUGUGAGAUGGUAUCACUUCCGACAGUGAGGAGAACUACCGCCGCCUCAUUGAUGAAUACGACCGGAACGGGUCUCAGGAAUAGCUGCUGCUGCAUUCAUAAACACUUCUUUAGGACUCACAACAACCCCUGAGGCUUUGAAUCUUUCUGAUUUAGGGGUCACAGCACGACACGUAUCCCCCCUCCAACACCACCUACACCUCCCCUGGCGUGCACGUGGGGGUUGACUAUGGCCGAAAGAGGUAACGUGAAUGUGGAGCAUGUGGACGGAGUUGUCAGGCUCCGCCAGGAGCACGAGAAGGUGGUGAAAGACUGUGAAAGUCGGAUUCAGCACUGGAAGAAGGUGUCAGGAGACUAUGAAGCCCUGAACGACCGCCUCGAGACGCUGCCAGAGCAGCUGUCUUAUGACAUCAUGGUGCCGUUCGGCCCUCUGGCCUUCAUGCCCGGUAAGCUGGUGCACACCAACGAGGUCACGGCGCUGCUCGGUGACAACUGGUUCGCCAAGUGCUCCGCCAAGCAGGCGCAGAAGAUUGUCAGCCACAGGAUGAAAUAUGUGAAGAAGGAACUGGAUGAUCUGUCAAAGACGAUGAAGAACUUUGAAGCCAGAGUUAGCCUGGCGAAGAACCUGGAGAGCAUGUCGGCCGGCAAAGGAGAUUAUGUUGACAUAAGAGAAGAUGCCGGAAACAGUGACGCUGCUCUCACCAAAGGAAAGCAAAGAAUAGCACACAAACCAAAUUCUAAGCCCAAGUUGGAUGCCGUGCUGGAUUUAAAAGACGAGGAGGAGGAGGAGAAUGAUGAAGGGCGCAGGAGAAGCGUCUUGACCGAGGAGGAGUUGUGGGCUCGAUUGGAUGAACUGGAGAAACUGGAGGAGCUGCAGGACGAGCAGGACCGGUUAUCUGACAACGCAGAGAUGAACGGUGAAGACACGUCAUCCUCUUCUGAGGAGGAGGAGGAGAAAGAGAAGGAGGGCCAGACCGAGCCUCGGGUCAACGGACUGAGUCUGAAGCCCAGCUGGAGCUCAGCGCCGCACGGUAACACGCCGCCGAGCGUCGACAGGAACGAGGAUGAAGACGACGAUGACGAGGAGGAGGAAGGCGACUGUUUGCCGACCAUCUUUUUCUCUCACACAGUCGAACCCAAGAAGGUGAGAAUAAACACUGGAAAAAACACAAUGCUGAAGUUCAGCGAAAGGAAAGAACAGAAGGAACACUCGAAGAGGAAAAAGAAAAACGGACACUCGCAUCACGAACUCCACAAAAUCACAACACCCGCCGACAUUUACAGGCUGUUUGUGGAUGUGAAGAACGGCGAGCCCAUCCCGAGGAAAUCCAUCCUGAAGUCGCGCAGCCGAGAGAACAGCGUGUGCAGCGACACGAGCGAGAGCAGCGCCGCCGACUUCGACGAGCGGCGGAUGAUCGGACGCAGCUUCAGCCACGACGAGGCGACGCACAGCGACACCAGCGACGGCAUCACAGAGGAAGACAGUCCCACGGCGGUCCCACUGCACCCCAGCAGCAGAUUUGAGGCUUUCUCAGGCACGGUGGUAGAAAAGGACCCGAUGCCUUUAGUGGUUCCACAUCUGACCAUCGCUCCGCCGGCCCUGCCGACCAUCCUGGAGAGGAAACAGGAGGAGGUGGCGCCCGACGCCCCUCCAACCCAGGAGCCCCCGAAAAGGGUGUCGAAGUUUAAAGCUGCCAGGUUGCAGCAGAAGUGACUGAUUUUUUUUUUUUCACAGUAACUUGUUGUUUUGUUUUUUUCAACAAAAAAAAAGCCUUUGUUUCUUUUCUACGCCUGCUGAACGGGACACGCAGCAGAACUUCCUUCCUCUCCUGGUUUCUUUCACUUUUCAACCGUUCAGGGUUUGUGUUGUUGAGUCGGACUGUCCGAUGAGAAGAAGCACAGCAGCGAUGUUAACGAAUAACGACUGUAAGUUUUUAACACUGAUAAACGCUCAUCUGCUCCUAACAAUAUGAACCGCGCUUGACUACUUUCCCGUCUUCUUCUCCCGGGCCUGUUCGACCCGAUCGCUGUCCGUCUCUUGUCGGCUCCUCUGUUGAUUCGUGCUUCUUGCUGUUGGAGCUUCUGGGCUUCGCCACUUGUGAUGAGUUGCCUUGUUUUGUUUCUACUGAUCAUUAAACACAAUCAGGUGCCCGUUAGUGCUCGUUGAACCUUCCCUCGACCUGCCUAAUGAAUGUAUGUAUUCCUUCGUCACGAGCUUUAUGUAAAGACAAAAAAAGAAUAUUGAUGGAAACUAAAAGGAAAAUAAAAGAUUUUGGCUAAAA